UUUUAAUCCCGUAAGAUGUAAACAAUACUUUGUGUGAGAGCCCAAACAAGAAAAAAAGAGUGGAGGGUUUGGGAGCAACCACUCCAGCAAUCAGAAAGUUCGAGAGGCCAGAGGACAGUUGGAGGGAUGGGAAAGAGGAAGAGAGAGAAAGGAAAGAUGUCCGCAGAAACCUCCAACUUGCAGCACCGGACAACCCCUUCUGAAUGCUUUAACCUAUAAAACAAACACCCUUUUCUCUCAUUCCUUCCCCUUUUCCCUUUGUUUUUCUAUCUCUAUUCACCUCCUCCUCCCUUUUGUUAAUUGUUCUUUUUUCUUUCUUUUUUUGGUUGAUGGGCAUCACAUUCUUGAGUUCCUCCCUGUCAAUGGGUUUUUCUGGUCUUUUCUUUUGAUGGGUUGGUGUGAUUAGGCCUUGUGGAGAAGAAAGGAGUCUCUUUUUCUUUAUUUGAUUGGCAUUGGUAUGGGCUUGGUAGGGAAGUGAAGGAAGAAAGAAGAGGAAGAAGAAGGGGAGGAAUUAACAACAAAUAAAAACAAAGGAAAAGAGUCUUAUGCGGAGUCGGCGCUGUGUCGCUGUCUGUCAGCAUUGUCGGCAUUUGAAUUAUGAUUGGGAACAGGGGAUUCAAAUAAGUUAUUCCGGCAUUUAAGUACGGAGUGUGAUGCCUAAACCUCAACUGGUCAGUCGGCCAUAGCAAGCACCACCCACCGAAGGAAACGAUCGAAGAGCUGGGAUUCGGCGACAACUACUUGGGGCCAAUCCUCAGCUGGACUUGGUGAAGUGGGCAUAUAGAGUGCUGUUCUGGGAGCAGGCAUAUCUUCAUGCCAAUAUGGGCAAAAGAUUUGGUUUUGGUGCAUUAGCAAUAUGUGAUUUAAUCAGGAUGAUGAGCGAAUGAAGCAAUGCAAUCACGAGCUGCAGACUUUUAGUUUUAGAAGGUUUCAGGUUCAAUGUCUAGAGAGGCAGACUUCCCUGCCACUGUUCCACUGUACUGAGGUGGAUCCCAUACUAAAUGUCAGGGCAUCUUGCAGCAGCUCUUGGAGGUGCUGCAGGAGCCGUGGCAUUGGUUGGGAUAGUGGUUAUUUUUGUAUGGUACUGCCUAUUGCGUAACAGGGGUGUCUCGAGAACUUCAGAGACGAAUUCAUCAGAACCAUCUCUACAAGGACAAAGUAUUGAAUUGCCUUUCCGUGGAGGUGUCUCUUACCCACCAGACUUUCAAGGAGCAAGAUGUUUUAAACUGGAGGAAUUAAGUGUGGCUACAAAGAAUUUCAGCAAUAUCAAUCUUAUCGGUUAUGGAAUGUUUGGAGAAGUCUACAAGGGUUUGCUUCAUGAUGGGAUGGUUGCUAUUAAGAGAAGGCCAUCUGCUCCAAGUCAGGAAUUUAUUGAAGAGGUACAUUUCCUAUCAUCUAUUCGGCAUAGGAAUCUUGUGAGUCUUUUGGGUUACUGCCAGGAAAAUAACAUGCAAAUGCUCAUCUAUGAGUAUAUACCAAAUGGCAGUGUUUCCACUCACUUAUAUGGUUCUGGUCAGGUGGCAAGCGCCAGGCUAGAAUUCAAGCACAGGCUCUCGAUAGCCCAUGGGGCAGCUAAAGGUCUGGGUGUUCUGCAUUCUCUGAAUCCUCCUCUGGUACAUACGAACUUCAAAACAGCAAAUGUGCUUGUAGAUGAGGAUUUCAUACCAAAAGUUGCAGAUGCUGGGCUUCGAAGCUUGCUUGAUCGAAUUGAUGAAGCUGGUCCAUCUUCCCGAAUGACAACAGAUGAUCCUUUCCUUGAUCCUGAGGUCAAGGAAUCUGGAAGAUUUUCUGUAAGGAGUGAUGUAUAUAGUUUCGGAGUGUUUCUUCUGGAGUUAGUAAGCGGGCGGGAAGCUAGAUCUGACCAAAGUAUCAUCGAAUUGGCACAAAAAUAUCAGGAGCCAAGUAAUAUUUCUACCCUUGUCGAUCAGAGAAUGGGCAGCAGUUUUACCUCUGAAGGAAUGAGGGAGUUCCUGCGGCUAAUAGCUUGGUGUGUGAACCCAUCUAGCCAGAGACGUCCACCCAUGAAUUAUGUGGAGUUGGAACUCGACCGGAUACAUGAGAAAGAAAUGAGCCUGACCACCAUAAUGCCUGAAGGCAGUACAACUGUGACUCUUGGAAGCCAGCUGUUUACUACAACAUAAUUGAGAAUAUUACCUAUUCUGUCUAAACUGUAUAUCAGCUCUAUGAGCAUGGUUUUGAAAUUGUAGAGUGGAUUAUCAGCCUGCAAGUUAAGUGUAUAGAAAGAACAGCUGUAUAAUUCCUUUAUUUUUUUUCACCAUAAAUAUUUGGAGAGUCAUGUUGUACAAAAAUUCUUUUUGUUGUUAUAUCUCAUUUGUAUGAUUGUUGCUGUUGUUGGUUUGAAGUUCAUGUAUGUUUGUUACCUGGAAAUGGUCUAAGUCUAAUGAAAAUUUUGGACACUUUUAAUA